AUGAUUCUUACAAGGGAGAUUCCGAGAACAUUGUUGGAAAAUGCUGAGAUACUUGAUCUGAGGAACAAUAAACUCUCUGGGAGUAUCCCACAGUUUGUCAAUACCAUGGACAUGAGAAUCUUUUUGUUGAAGGGGAAUAACUUAACAGGAGCUAUCCCAAGGGAGCUGUGUGGAGAGUAUGAGGAGGUGAGGAAUGGUGCCUCUGAGGCAUAUGGCUUUGUAUCAAGCCUUCAAUGGGAACUUUACAGAUCUACGUUUUUGGUAGAUGAGUUCAAGUUAGACUAUGAAACAUAUAUGAGUUUUGAAAUCCAGUUUGCAGCAAAGCAAAGGUAUGAUUCAUACACUGAAGAAUCUAAGAUCAGCAGAGGAACACUUGAUUUUAUGUAUGGAUUGGAUCUGUCUAGCAAUGAGUUAAGUGGUGUUAUCCCGGAAGAGCUUGGAGAACUCUCGAAACUACGAGCCAUGAAUCUAUCUCGGAACUUUUUGUCGAGUUCUAUACCGGAUAGCUUCUCAAAACUGAAGGAUAUUGAGAGUCUUGAUCUUUCUUAUAACAUGUUACACGGUAACAUCCCUCGUCAGUUAACAAACCUCACUUCUCUUGCUGUCUUCAACGUCUCCUACAACAAUUUAUCAGGCAUCAUUCCCCAAGGGAGGCAAUUUGACACAUUCAACGAUAUGAGCUACUUAAGCAAUCCUCUUCUUUGUGGAUUACCAACCAAGAGAAGUUGUCAAGAAGCUAAGAAGAGAACAGAGGAAGUUGAUAAAAGAGGAGAAGAAGAAGUUGAUAAAAGAGGAGAAGAAGAAGAUGAUGAAGCUGAUAUUGACAUGAUGGUCUUCUAUUGGACUAGUGCAUCAACUUAUGUGACUGCGUCGAUAGGUAUUCUUGUCCUUAUGUUCUUUGAUUGUCUUUGGCGUCAAGCAUGGCUCCGCCUUGUUGAUGCUUUCAUCACCUCUACAAAAAAAGUGUGUGUGUCUUAAAAUUAUUUUAGCUCAGUUCUUGUAUUUCUCAUCAAGCAAACUAUUGAAUCCACUGACUCUCUGUAAGUGAAAUGUGCUGAGACUCAGAGAUUUCCACACACCUUGAAGAUCUUCUUCUGUUUAAUUACUGAAACAAACAGAAGUUUCACUUAGUUAAAGCUACUAUAGCAACUCUGUUCUUCAAGUCUAUUCACAGGCUUCUUGCUAUAAGAAUUGUGAUUUUC